AUGGCAGCGGCGUUGCUUCUGGUUCUGGCGUUGACGGCCGCAGAAGCCAAACCCAGAGCGAAGGAGCUGGCUCCAGAUCCUUUGCCGUCUGCACAGGUAGAGGUCCUCAUCAACGGCAGCCGACCGGAGGACGUGUUGUCGCCCAAAAGCGACUUUGGCCCCAUCGUGCAGAACGCAAGCAAGCUUGGCGAAUUCGGGUACGCGAAGCACCCGAAGCAUGUGUUGGACUGGAGCGAUUUGCGGGGUGUGAUCAAAGGGAGGAAAUGCUCCACGGAGCAGGCUGAUACACAAUGCGGAGAUCUCGUGUGCCGGAAGGGUUUGUGUGCACAUUGCACAGAAGACUCUGAAUGCCCGUCGCUUCACCAGUGUGCGCUCAGCAUGAGUGGCGGCAAAACUUGCCGCGCCACCGGUCGAAAGGCUUGGGAAUCCGCCUGGCUUGACAGCAGCGAGAAGUUCUGCACUCUUCUGAUCCUAGUGUCUUCUGCUUUGGCUGCGGCAUCCGGAACCGGCGGUGGAAGCAUCUUCGUUCCGGUCUUGAUCUCUUUCUCUUAUCUACAGGAAUCAGCCGUAGUUGCUUUGUCACAAUUUAUGAUUCUUGUGGGCUCCAUCGUGAACCUGUCCGUCUUCCUGGCCAGAAGGCACCCUGAUUUCCCAGAGCUGCCAGUCAUCGACUAUGACUGCAUUGUUGUCCUCAUUCCUAUGCUUUGCCUUGGUGUCACACUUGGUGUUUUGGUAAAUCGCACAUCACCCUCAUGGCUCCUGCUUGCGCUGCUUUGCUCCACUCUUUGCCUGGCUUUGUGGCGCACUGGCUCAAAAGGCCUGAAGCAGCUCAAGCAGGAGAGAGAGCUGUUGGCUCACCGGCCAGCUGCCGAAGAUGAUGUCCCACAGCAGGGCCCGGAGGUGGUCAUGAGCUACGGAGAGGUGCUGAAGGAACUGGUGCAAGCUAAGUCGGAGCAGAUUGCUGGCAUCGCGAUUGUGUGGUUGGUGAUGCUCGGUGCCAGUUUGCACGGCCUCCCGUACUGCUCGAUCAACUACGGGCUCUUCCUGUGUGUUUUAGCUGCUUUGCUCACUACGUUUGCGCUUGUGAUGACAUGGCGAUUCCAAGCCACAUCUUACUUGAACCCCAUUGACUGGCUCAAUGGCGGAGGGAAGGACCGCCAUCCCAUGACCUUUCCCAUGGUGGCUUUUGGCACCGGCUUUUUGGGUGCCAUGCUGGGCCUUGGUGGCGGCAUCUUGCUGAGUCCAGUCUUGAUUGAGGUGGGGAUGCACAGCGAGGCUGUUCAGGCCACCGUUGCCAGCUUCGUCUUUCUGUCGAGCUCUUUGGCCACGAUCCAGUACUUCAUGAUGGGACAGAUCGUCUGGCACUAUGCCUUAUGGUAUGGUGUCGUGGCUGUCCUGGCCACGUACCUGGGCCAGACGGCCUGCGAGGUAUUUAUCCGCAAGCGCAGACGCUACUCCUUCAUUACGCUUUCGGUCACCACCGUUCUGGCAUUGUCGCUCUUUUGUCUAUGCGUGGUGGGAACAAAAACAGUCCUGCACGACUAUGACAUGGGCAAGACAAUUUGGUUUUCGUUCACUCGCCUUUGUCAAAGUGGUCGUGGCACCAUUAUUCGUCCCAGCGUGGCCAUAGGCGCAAGAUGA